AUGUCAUGUUGCCGAAAGGAAAUCGAGACACUUCCUUGCCUCAACAAAGCUAGCGUGCCGGCUGGAAGUCAGCAGAGAUUCACCGCCACAGCGCAGGCGGAUCAAGCCACGCAAUCCUUUAACAUAGCUCAACCACAGCAGGACGAUUUUGAUAUACGUUCCGACUAUGGCACGUUUGAACACACAAUUACGGAUUCAUCCAGCACACAUACUUUUGACAACAUCCACACUUCUCAGAAGUCGACGGGUAGAAAUACUGAAUCACCAAGACCCAGUGCGGAAUCGCAUGUUUGCUAUCAAGAUUUUCGGCAAUAUGGAUUUGUCAAACUCAACAAUAUAGAUUCUUUGUCUGCGCAAGACUUGGGUUACCUCCAAGCACAACGCUGCUUUCAUCUCCCAGUCAAGCUUCUGUUAGAUGAACUCAUCAGGCUUUACUUGUUCCAUGUCCAUCCCAUGCUUCCUAUACUUGAUGAGCAAUCCUUCUGGGCCAGCUAUUUUGAAGUAAAGGAUGGGUCGGAUGGCUGUAACAACCAAAUCCCACUUCUCCUCUUAUGGAGCGCGCUCGUUGCUUCCAGUGGUUUUCUUUCUCCAACCUCUGCUAUAUCUCUUGGAUAUUCUGAUGUUCGCAAUGCACGAGCUGGGUUCUACCAGAAAGCCAAGAUACUUUUCGAUGUCGGGUCAGAGUCCUCAUCAGUUGUGUUGGGGCAAAGCGCCCUCCUUCUGUCAUUUCAGACAUUUUCCCCAAGCUUCCAAACCUCUGGAGUCAGCAGCAUCUUUAUGGGAUCUAAUACGAUCUGGCUUAGGACGGCAGUUCGACACGCUCAACUGGCGAAUGCCGAAACGAUAUGCUGCUCUCCAGUGAUAGCCUUGGGUCAAAGGCGAGAUCUUCUGAUUCCCAAAGAUUACCCAAUACCGAGAUAUUCCUGGUUCGAGGACGAUUUACCAUGGUCAAGGUCACAAAUGAUGGGCAUCAAACGACAUUUCAACGUGCACUUCAUGCAUUCACUUAAACUUUGCGCAAUUGUGAAAGGUAUCCUCACAUUGGACUCUCGCCCGCAACAACUCAAGAACAAAACGUUAUCACAGCUCAAAGAAUCAAUGGAGAUACUUGAAGAGAACCGCCAUUCCCUCAAACAGUGGCAUAGAGUCGCUAUGCUUGAUAUCCCUGAACUAGGAGACAACCAAAACUCUCAUACUAGUCUGCAACACCCGCCCUUGGCGGCAUUUACGAGGAUGUUAAGAAUAGGAUUUAGUGCCGCCAAGAUGUGUGCUGGUCACCGAGAACUUCUAUUGAGUACAAGCAUUCCAGCUACCGGAGAUGAGACGUUGGCUACUCUUGUCAACGUCUCAAGAGCAGGACAGGAGAUACAAGGCGCAAUUGUAGAAAUAUCAGAUUGUGUUAUAGAAUUCAUACAACUUGGUCUUAUUCCUCACUUGUAUGUUGGUGUAUUGAUUAGUGCUGCAUGUGCAGCAUUGCCAUACUUGAUGCAAGUACUGGACUUGAAGAUCUUUCGUCAUUCCAGCCCCGAAGCCAAGUUGACAGAUCAAUAUCACCGCCUCCGUUUACUCACUGGGGCCGUGAAGGAAUACCAAACCCGUUACGGCGGAAUGGAACUAUUUGGCAGCGCGAUACAGUUCAUUAUCACUAAUUUUCAACUAUUUACACAGCCCAUGUCAGAAAGCGUAACGUACAGUAGUUGGCAAGACGUAUUGGUUCAUGACCCAUCUCUCUACAUGAGGCUUGUAUUGACUCUUGAACAUUGCACGACAACAGCGACAAUCCCCACCGUUCAGCAACUAGCCACCACUUUCGAAGGAAUUUUAACAAUGCCAACGCGUCAAUACUCUGGCUUCAAGCAGAUCGACGACGUGAGUAACUCUGCGUCGCUAUCCAGCUGA